UCACUUCUCAUCACUCGAAUUAUUCUCUGGCUGCUGUUUGAAACAUUCUAAGCAUCUAAUUUAAUUCUUUUAGUCUUAAGAUAACCUACGAGUUAUUUUCCCAGAAUCUCGAGAUUCUCUACUGUAUUCGCGUAGCUGGUCGUGACUUUGUGAGGAUCUUGAAGACCCCCGCUAAAAGAUGACAGACGGGACGAUAAUCCACAGAAUAGCCACACGUACCGCACAUGAGCCCUAUCAAGGAAAUUAAGAUCUCCUCAUCGCCAUCACUAACACCUACAGUUCUCUCUCACUUCCGCCGCCCAUGUCCUACCCAGCACAAUCCCCCCGUCUGUGGCUCGAACCACUAACCAUAGAAUCCCACUCCCAAGAAUUCUUCGCCCUCUGGCAAAACCCCGAGAACCUCACCUACAUGUACAUAACCACCCUUUCCCCCCUCUCAUUCCCAGUUCCCCCUUGACACCACCAGAAACGUAGCAGCACACACCAACCUCGAUUCCGCGCGCCAAUUCAUGCAAACCAUCCUGCCUAACAGCACCAACCCCGACAUCGACAAGUUCGCCAUGCUUCUCCGUCCGGUUGUGGAGAAUGAACAGCCGUGGACUAAUGGAAUGGACCGGCCGAAGAUGAUUGGUCUUGUGGGCACGAAUCGGUGGAGUGAACAGGGUCUGGAGACGGGGUAUAUUUUGGAUGUUAAAUAUUGGGGAAGGGGGUAUGCGGGGGAGGCGUUGGGGGCGUUUUUGGGUGUUUAUUGGGAGUUGAUUGGUAUGUUUAUUUUGUUUGUUUAUGUUUGUUUUGAGGUUCGAUGAGGUGUAUUUCGCUGCUUUCUGGUUUGCUGGAUUGUGAUUGGUGGUGAGCUAAUUAUCUUUUUAGAGAGAAGGACAGUUCAAAGAUUGGUUGCGAAGUGUCAACCUGCGAACAUCGCGAGUCGGAAGGUGUGGAUGAGAGCGGGGGCGAGGUAUGAGGGAGAGAUUGUCAAGUCUUCGAAAGGGGAAAGAGGGGAGGUGGAACUUGAGUGUUGGUAUUUAAAACGGCCUGCCGUAGGUGCUGAGAACCUAGAGGAGGGUAAAGGAGUGAAUGGAAAAGAGAAGUGAGAGUCUUGUAUGGAGUAUGUAUUCUCACAAGCCGCUAAUGAGAUGAUCUGGCGAGUCUUCAAGUUCAGAUACAUGAUUAAUGUAUGGGGUAUGGUUCAUUCCAUAGAAGGGACCAAAUCCAGUACAUUCAGAAUGCGUGUGCAUUCUUGGUCAACUUCUGGAUGUAGGUAUGAGAUCCUUCUCUUUUGAGAGACACAAGUCCUUCCCACACUGUAUGCUAAACUUGCUAGUGACUCACAUCAGUUUUCUUUCAUCCAAGUAUACGAGUAAGAUCCGUGGUCGCUACUCU